AUGUUGAAUGGUCAUUUGGUAUUUUCAUUACCUGAAAGUCUUACUGUUAAAAAAAUUGGUUUAAAAUUAAUUGGAAGAUAUAAAUUAGAUUUCUUAGAAGUUAUGGCUCAUCAAAGGUCUACAAUAUCAAGUCCUGUUAAACAAGAUGCUGUUGUUUUUGAAGUUACAUGGGAUAAUUUAUUGGUAAAUUCUGAAGGUGUUGUUACAGUUAGUGCUUCAGAUAAAGUUACAAACCCAAAUGAUAAUAGAUCAUCAAGUCAACGUCAUGGUAUUUCUGCAUUAUCAUCAUCUUCACAUACUAAAAAAACAACCCCAAAGAAAUUAAAUAGAGCAAAUGCUCCUACUGCUUUAACUCUGCCAAUUAAUGGUGUUUCUGGUACACCUUUUGAAAAUGUUACAACACCAAAUGGUGCUUCAUUUAAUUUACCAGGUGGGAAUUAUGAUUUACCUUUCAAAUGUGUUCUUCCGGGUGAUAUCCCUGAAACUGUGGAAGGUCUGGUUGCAGGUUCUGUUCUAUAUAAAUUUGAAGCUUCAAUUGAUAAAGGUGCAUUUAAAUCACCAAUAAAUAAAUAUAAAUAUUUUAGAAUAUUUAGAACUUUAUCAAGUGAUAAUUUACAACUUUCAGAAACCAUGCAAAUUGGUAAAACUUGGCCUGGGAAAUUACAAUAUGAAGUUAGUAUACCUGCAAGAGCUGUCCCCAUUGGUGGGAAAACUCCAUUAAAUAUAUUAUUGGUUCCUUUUAUAAAAGCUAUGAAAUUAGGACCAAUUAAAGCUCAAAUUGUUCAAUAUUAUUCAUUCAAGGGGAUUAACGGUGAUGUUUAUGAUGAUCAACAACAAAUUAUGGAUUUAACAAUGACACAAAUGGAAAAUCAUGAAUUAACAGAUAAAUUAGCUAUUGAAUCAUCUAUUGAUUUACCAUCAAAUUUGAAAAAAGUUACACAAGAUUGUGAUUUAAAAGAAGAUUUAAUUAAAGUUAGACAUAAAUUAAAAAUUCAAAUUAAUAUUAUUCAACCAAAUGGUCAUAUGAGUGAAUUAAGAGCAAAUUUACCAAUCAGUUUUUAUAUUUCACCAGAUGAAGAAAUGACUGGUCGUACAAUUGUUUUAGAUAAAUAUGGUAAAAUUCAUUUUAGAAAAGAAGAAGAACCUUUAUUUGAAAAAAAUAAACAUAAUCAAAAUACAAAUAAACAAAAAGGUCAAGAUUUUGCACCCCCUGUGUAUGAAGCUCAUAUUUAUGAUCAAUUAUAUGGAGAUUCAAGUACUGAUGUUAGUGGAGCAAAUUCAGGUGCUGUUUCACCAAAUUUAUUAUCUCCAGGUAAUUUAUCACCAAUAAAUUAUGGAUCUGGUGGUACAUCACCAAAUUAUGGAGCAGGUGGUGGAUUAUCACCAAGUCCAACACCUGGAGCUGUUUCUCCACUGCCAAUAUUACAAAAUCAAUCACAAUUGGAAGAAGGAGGAGGUGAAGGAUAUUUUGGAAUUCCAACAAGACCAUCAAAUAAUUUAUCAAGUGGUAAUAGUUUGAGUGGAGGUGCAUCAGCUGCAGUUUCACCUUUAUUAGAAGCUAGUAUUCAUAAUUCAUAUGGUCAUAAUAUUGAUGAUGAACUGUCAAGAAGUUUAGAAGCAUUAAAAUUCACACAUAUAUCAGAUUUACCAUCAUAUCAAGAUGCAAUUGAUGCAGAUGAUGAUGUCGAAGAAACUUUAGAUUUUGCACCAAAUUAUGAAAAUUCAGAUGAUGAAGAAAAUGAUAAAAUAUUUGGUACUGUUAAAGGACCAGAACAUAAUUCAUUACCAAAAUUUGGUGGAUUAACUAGUAAAAGUGUUGGUACAAUUUCAAGUGCAUCACAUAGUAGAACUAGUUCAUUACCAAGUACAAGAGUCCAAACUCCAAAGAGACAAUCACCUGUUGGUAAUAUAGAACUACCUAAAACAAAUGAUUUAAGAUCACAAAGUUCAUCAACAUCAUUAUCAACAAGUUCAAGAUCUAAAAUCAAUACUUCAACAUCUACAACACCAACUGGAUUAGGAGUUGGAACAAUAUCUACAACAGUAACAGGGACAGGUACAGGAUCAGGAUCAGGGUCAAGUUCAAGUUCACAAAUACCACCUCAAAGACCUUCCGCAUUUAGAAGUUCAUCUUUGAAUAAUAUUUUAUCAAGACAUGGAUCUUCAUCUAAUUUAAAUUUAAGUGGUAAAACACAAUCAACAAACACAAGUUCAUCAAAUUUAUCUAAAUUAGCUUAUAAGAAAUUUUUAAAGAAGGAUAAAAAAUAA